AGUUGUUGGCACAGAAGUUGAGGACGGUUCCAGCUCUCCCCUGGACACGGAUGGCCGCUGCCUGGGGCGUGGUAAUGAUUCGCUCCGCUUUCCACGUCCCAGCUUCGCGAAUGCCGUCCAACUCGGCUCUCAGCACGUCUCUGAGUCCAGCAGCCGCCGCUUCAGACGAUACUCGACGAGUAGAGGGGAACCCACAUCCCUUGUGGUGGAGAAAGACUCCUCUUACACCACCGAAGGACGUCAUCUUUCCGAUUUUCACCCGCCCCCCGUAAAUUAGCCCGUAAACAGUAACCCAUGGUAACAGGUUACGCAGCAUUGCGCAUUGCGCAAUAAUAAUUGGGCUGGCCCAAAAAAACUUGCGGUCGCGUCGACCGAGCAAGCGAGGAAGCGAGAGGAUCAUGCCGAAAACGAGAGCUAAGAAGAAGGAGAGGAACCAGUAUCCUCUGGAUUCUCUGACUCCGGACGAGGGAGACAGCGAGAGCGUGUGCAGCUCCCAGGACGGGAGUGUUCUGAGUGAGGACGGUGCCGGGUGGAGAGGGGAGGAGCCCGUGAGUACCGAGGAGGACCUGCAGUUCGUGUUGUCCGAACACGUGGACCAUCUCAGCGACAAGAGCUCUAGAACGAGGCAGACGGCUCUCACGAGCCUCACCAAGAUACUGCGACAGAAGAUAGUCGUGGAUCACUUAGUGGACAGCAAGGAGACAUUGGUGGAUAUUCUAGUUCGUGGGAUAAAGAAACUGAGAGGAGGAGAGAGGUGUGAAAUGACUCAGCUGAUGUCUCUACUGGCAGUUCAGCUUGGUGAGGAGCACCCUGACCUCCUCCUGGCAGUGAAGCAACCUCUGUUGCAGCUGGGACAAGACCCUACUGCCAGCCCCGCCGAGAGAGUCGCUAGUCUGUCAGCUCUCGGACUGUGUGCCUUCAUCCAGGGAUCAGAUUAUCUGAACCUCGACAGUACUCUAUCAUUUCUCUCUUACAUUGCCUUGUCCCCUGCUCUCAUCCAGGAGACGGGAAGGGGACUAUAUAAAUGCCCUCUUGGGGGUAUUCUAUGUAAGUUUGGGAGAGGGUUUGUGGUGGGAGGAGCCAGCCACGACCUCAUCCAGCAGCUGGCCACAGAGAGUGACAGGUACACAGGUCGCAGGGAGCGCAACACCCAACGCAGCUGCUUCAGAGACAUCCUCUCCACUCUGGAGGAGGGGAGUGUUCCUGACAGGGAGGUUCGGUUCGGGGUGGAGCUGCUGGCACUGGACUCAUGGGCCAAACUCAUACAGUAUGGAGUGUUGAAGGAACUCCUGGGGACUGGACUCAAGGCCCAUAUCCAGGGAAAUGAUCUUCUGAGGGAGAUCUUCGAGUUGGGGCCUGCCCCUGCUGUUACAGUUGACACAAAGGCCACCAGACUGGAGAAGAAAUGCUACAAUGCUGCAGCGGCAAAGCACAGAAGCCAGUCUCGAGCCAAACAGAGAGACAAACGUGCCAUCUUAUAGCUUCAUUAUUACCACUCAAUUUAUAUUAUAUAUCCUGGUUGAGUUGAAAACAGUAAUUUUUUUAUGCAUCAAAAUUAAUAAGGUUAUGUCCAGUCAAUCACAGCAAAACACUCGGUUUUAAAUUUGAAAAAGAUAUGGCGACUACAUUAUCUAAGAGGUGAGGCAGCGAUGUUCUGCGUUAGCUAAGAGCUGGUAGAUCGAAGAGCCUGUAUCUGGGA